AUGCGGCUUCUCAAUGCCCUCUCGUCCAUCUGUAGCUUUAUUUUCUCCUCUCGAACACCGCAUCGUUAUGUCCUUGUCUCCUUCCUUCUCCUCUACCUCCUACUCCUCCAGUAUUGUCGACUGCACUACUAUCGCGACCCGACCUCCUCGUUUUUCAACCCCAGCAAGGGAUAUGAGCCCAUUUACUCCAGGUUCAGAAUCUCUCAAGCGACUAGCUUUAUCCGGCACAUCGAUGCAACGGCUAGUCCUCGAAAUGGCACGGCUUCUGCAGGAAACAGCAGUGCAAGCCUCUGUGUUGGAAUCGCCUCCAUUGCUCGGACGGAUGCAAGCUAUGUCGAAGCGGCGGUCGGUUCCUUGCUCGUCGAUCUUGCUCCACAGGAGCGUGAUGAUGUCCACCUGAUCUUAUUUAUUCCUCACGUAGACCCGACUAUCCACCCGCUGUUUGCGAGUAAUUGGACGGCUGCGCUGGCAGACAAGAUCCUAUUGUAUGACGUUGACAGUGAUAAAUUGGACCACCUGAGGCAAUUGGAGAAGGAAGGUGGUUUAUUCAGGGAAAAGGCUUUGUUCGAUUAUGUCUACCUUCUGAAGGCUUGCCAGGAUGUUGGAACACCAUAUGUUGUGAUGGUGGAGGAUGAUGUUGUCGCAAUGGAUGGAUGGUACCAUCGCACGAAAAGGGCGCUGGAGGAUGCGGAACGGCAGACGCGUAGGCUGGGCGCUUCAAAAUAUCUCUACCUUCGAUUAUUCUAUACUCAAGGGCUGCUCGGGUGGAAUAAGGAAGAAUGGUUCACCUAUCUCGUCUCCUCAGCCACUGCCGUUGCGAUUCUUGCGGCCAUACUUCUUAUAACGCGACGGUACAUCCCUUGCUCAGUCCGUAUACUGUCGAAUCAGGUUAUCAUAGUCCUCUGUUUGAUCUGCGCGCCGCUCUGCAUAAUCCUAUUUUUCGCCUCAGGCCGUUUGUCCAUGCUGUCGACCCCGGCCGGGGUCCAUCAAAUGCCACGCUUUGGGUGUUGCUCCCAAGCUCUUGCAUUUCCGCGCAACCGUGUUGCGGAUGUGAUAUCGUGGUACGAGACGAAGCGAAUUGGAUUCGCGGACUCGUUGUUGGAGGAAUACGCCAAUGCCAACGAUGAGAUUAGAUGGGCUUUAACGCCGAGCGUCUUCCAGCAUGUUGGCGUAAAAAGCUCGAAACAAGACGGUCCUGGAGAUGAUAUCGUCGCAAAGGAGACUUGGAACGUCGAUUUUGAGUUGAAUGAUCCCAUAGCGCUGCAGAUUCAGCAUGAAGUUUCUGCGAAGGCCAUGCGGUAG